UUUGUGAGGGAUAAAAUGUGGAUAAACCUAUUAUGUUUAGUCUAUAUGGCCAAUAUUGUAUCCGCACAAUAUGAGGAUCUGUAUUGUGGAGAGUUGAACUGCUACGAUCUGCUAGGAGUGACCAGGGAUUCUAAUAAAGCUGAGAUAUCUAAAGCAUAUCGUAAACUAGCUGGGCAGUGGCAUCCUGACAGGUUCAGGGAACCAGCUCAAAAGAAAGAGGCUGAGACAAGGUUUAUGCGAAUAGCUGCUGGCUACGAGGUCCUGAGAGAUGAAGAGAGUAGGAAGGAAUACGAUUAUAUGAUGGAUCAUCCUGAGGAGUACUUUGCUAACUAUUACAGGUACUACAAGAGACGAGUGGCUCCUCAGGUUGAUGUUCGUGUCGUCCUUCUCUCAUUAAUCAGUAUUGUGUCAGCACUACAGUACUACUCUGCUUGGUACAACUUUAACCAAGCAAUCAUAUAUCUUGCUAGUGUACCUAAAUAUAGAAUUCAGGCUUUAGAAAUAGCAAAGAGUAAAGGACUGGCCAUAAAUCCAAAGCAGAAAGGUGUUAGUAAGGAACAGAUCCGUAAACUUGAAGAAGAACUUGUUAGGAACAUAAUUGCAGACAUGAUGGAUUCUAAUGGAGGAUACGAGAAACCUCAGGUUCGAAGUAUUCUGUGGGUUCAAAUAGUUAGCUCUCCUCUCAAGAUUUAUACUUGGACAAGAUUUCAAGCAGAUUGGAUCUGGAGGUUUUGUGUUUUGCGACAGGAUUAUGGUGAUAUGGAGAAGGAAUAUCUUGUUAGGACAAAUUUAAAACUGAGUGAGAAACAGUGGGCUGCCCUGAGUGAUCUUGAAAAAGAUGGAUAUAUGAGCCGAGAACUUUGGGUUCGGGAAAAUUGGGAGGAAUAUGUAAAGGAGGAGGAGGAGAGAGAACGGAUUAGACAUGCAGAGUCAGGGCGAAGUAAGCAAGAAAGAAGAUGGUUGAAGAAUUCUGAUAACAGGAUGACAUUUGACGAAAAUUAUGAUUGGUAAUCAAUCGACAAGGAAAUGAAAAAUAUAUUUAUUAUUAUGAAAACAUGAAAAGGUCAAUUAUACAUUUUUUACUGUAGAUAAAGUGUUCUAUCAAGGAUCGCCAAAGUACACUUUUCACCUAACUCCUGAACGAUGCAGUUUUUCUAUCUAGAAUAUAUAGAGAGAUUAUUCUGAAAACAAAACUUAAAAUUCACUUAACUUUCUCGUUCACCAAGCUAAAAGCAUAAUACUAUUAUUUUGUAGAAUUAUUUUCCAGUUCGUUAUGGUUGCGUGGUAAUUAUUGUUGUAUAUAUAAUUAGGCCUUAUUUGCAGAUAUAAAGCUCUUAGAACCAAAACAUAUUGUACAUUUUAAUUAGGUUUAUACGAUAAUAUCAUUAAUUGUGAUAAAUUGUAAUAAGUUGUGCCAUUGUUCUUUUUAUAAACUGUAAUUGUGAUUUAAAUUCUGCACUGUGUGCAAAUUUUUCAUUUUUAUUUUUGUACUUGAAUUAUUGUCAUUGUUUUCCCAGAGGAAAAAAAUGCCUAAAAUAUAACCCCCCCACCCCACCCCCACUUGUGAAAGUUUUGUGAUUUCUCAAUGUAAUACGUUAAGUUUGUGUAAAUAUAUAGUUUUAUUAUUUCA